GCGAAACUGACUUUCCUGCACAGGUACUAGCAAGAUUGAACCAUUUGUCUUUUAAGGUUAAUAUUCAUACAUGCCUAUAAAUGUUCAUCUUACCAUUCUGUGUCUUUCAAGGUCAAUAUUAAAAUGUUUGAGAGAUGCUAUGCUUUGAUGGAAGAGCAGUUCUACCCCAUCAUUGCUGACAACUACUAUGAUCAGUCACGCCAUUUCUGGUUUGAGAUGGACCAUUCUCAAACAGCUAAGAUGAUCAGCUUGUUUUCAUCUUCAGCUCAGCCUUAUGCUCGUCCUUAUCAUCACCAUAGACCCACAAUUGAAGCUAGCUGUUCGAUUCCCCGAAAUCGUUAUACUGCUCCUUUGCCUUAUGAUGGUGGUAAGCUGCAAAGUGCAUCUACAAGUGAAGUGAUUCCACAAAAGGAUGCACACCCAUCCUCUGAACAGAAAUCAUGGAGCUCUCUGUUCAAAAAGCACACAUCUUCAGGUCCAAGUUCACCCUUGGCAGAGGAUUACAAUGGGGGAGAAUGGGAAUCUUGUUCUUCUCCUCCAAUUAACAAAAGUGAACUCCAUGAGGCAUGCAGAGAGGAUAUUGAGGAAGAAAAAACAAGUAGUUAUCCAUUGAUUGAGGCUCCUGGAGUCUAUUCUGGGGAAUGGGAGGGACAGGAGGAUAAUGCUGAAGGAUUUGAAGAGCCAUUUGUUGAAGCUCCUGAGGAUAUGCUAUCAAUGGUAGCUACAUUUAUCCUUUAUAACUUCAUCUAGAUAUCUUUUGUUAUUAUUCAUGUAACCGUUACGGAGUGUUUUUUAUUUGAAGCUGAUGCAAGAGGUUCAGCUACUGAAGGAGAGACAAAUUGAACAAGAGGAGAGAAUUCAGGCUCUUGAGAAGGAGCUGGCAUCGAAGCGUGCAAGCAAAUCACGGUUUUUAUAAAGUUGAAGCCAUCAAUUCAUAAAGAAGAUCAACAAUAUUUAAAGGUCUCAAAGAUUGACUGAUGUUAAUGAAUGCAGCUCACAACAAUACUUUGAAGAUAGCUCUUUUGUAGUGUCUCCUUUGAUUGUUCUGAGAAUUUGGUAUUUUUAGCGGGGAGAUUUCAUUUGUGCGUGUUCAAUGUAUAUUUUUUAGAAGGGAGAAUAAGAUAUUGUUCCUUUUCAACUGUUCUUUUAAAGUCCCA